AUGGAGUGUGCCAGUCGCGGCUUGGCAUUCCAUAGCUAUCAGACGUCGCAGGAGAUCAUCUAUCAGGAGCACCUCGCGAAAGGCUUGACUGGCAAGUACGAUACGCUCAGUCAGCAGAUGGAUCAGCUGGUGCACGAUGCGAAUUCGCAGAUCAAGGCAUUGCAAGACAAGAUGCAGGCCAUGCAAGCCGAGCAGGAGGAUCUCGAGGACAAAAACCAUCAACUUCAGAAAGCCUUCAAAGAGAAGACGAAAGCGCAUGCGCAAACCCAAGCGCACUACCAGCAAUUGAAAAGCAAGGUCAUGGCAACGGAGGUAGCUCAUGCUGCUGGUGAUGAGGCGGCGUACACGAUCCAGACUGCUCGUGGAGACCGGUUCAUCGACCGCCUUCCUGGCACGUGGACCGGAACGGCCAACUACAGUCAGAUGAACAUGUCGCAGCAGGCCGGUGGUGGUAGACCGCACAACAGAGACUUUAGUAGGAGUUCUGGGAGCAGUGGACGGCAGCAGCAGGGUGGUGUGCAUCUUGGGCCUCCGUUCGAUCCACAGUUGCAGAGACGAGGACUGGGUGUGAGGAACAAUACUGGUCGUGAGUUGUUCUUCUUUGAACGUGGAGAGCAUCGCAGGCUGAUACAGUGA